AUGCCGCCAGCACCCCAAACAGCAAAACUAACCUCAACCCUCCACCUCCUAAUCCCGCGCCUCCGCCUCCUCCAAAAGAAAUCCACCGCGUCCUCCGUCGUGCAACGCCGCGAACUCGCCCAGCUCCUCGAGAACCACCGCGAUGCCUCCGCGCGCAUCCGCGUCGAGAACGUCAUCGCGACGGAUAUCGCCGUCGAGGUCAUGGAGAUGGUCGAGCUCUACUGCGAGCUUUUGCUUGCGCGCGCGGGCGUCCUCGAUCAGUUGGCGUUUGGGGAGGCCGGGCAGAGGGCCAGAAGUAGGGUGAGGGAGGAGCUUGGAAGGUCGGGAACGGGGCAUGGAAGGGGCUCUCCGGGGAUAGAGGAGGGGAAGAAGAAGGCUGGUGGUGGGAGUGGGGGAGGGGGGUUCUUUGGGUUCUUUGGUGGGGGUGCGAAGGCGACGCAGACAUCACAAUCACAGCCUGCGGCUCCAGCGCAAGAUAAAGAUACGUCGUCGGAGACACUGGGAACGGGGACGGGGGACGGGGCGGAAGAGUCCGCGUCAGAAACGUACUACCUUGACGCUGCGCUGGACGAAGCAUCCGUCGCGAUCUUCUACGCGUGGUCGCGCUUCCCCGCGGAAGUGCGCGAGCUCACAAUGCUCCGCUCCCUCCUCACCGACCGCUACGGGAAAGACUUCAUGACCCUUGCGUCGGAAAAUAAACUCGCCGGCGUGAAUGUUCCCGAGCGGCUAGUUAAGGGGCUCCGAGUCCGCCCACCAAGCGCGGAGUUGGUCGAGAGUUAUCUGAGGGAGAUUGCAAGGGCAUACAAGGUGUCUUGGGGCGAAGAAGACGAUAUAAACGUGGAUUUUCAAGUCGAAGACGACGGCGAUGAUAUCGGCGGAGAGGCCGGCGGAGAUCUACCCGAUUUCGAGGAUGAGCAUGAAAGAGUCGGGCAGAUUGUUCGACGGGCAUCAGAGACAGCGGAGUUGACGCGGGCUACGCCGCCACGGGGAUUCAAUGCGCAUUCGAGUCCUGUGAGCGUUGCGCCGCCGGGGCCGAGAUCUGAUAAUCCGAAUCCGAGGGUGAAGGUUCCGGAUGAUAAGGGGUUGGAUAAGGAUGUCUCGAGCCCGAGCCCGAGUCCUAGUAAGCCGCGUGCGAAAGCUGGGGGCGGGGAUAAGAGUGGUAUUCCGGAUGUGGAUGAGUUGUCGAGGCGGUUCGCGGCGUUGAAGAGGUAG